AUGACGGCCGACAACCAGAGAUCCUCACAGAAUGCAUUCACGCAGCCUUUUGCACUGAGCGCUAGGUAUGCCGCCGACCGUGGCGAUGCUCCAAAGGGCGAGGAUGACUUCGUGCCGGACCUCAACGUCCGACUCAUCUGCCGUGACUGCAAGACGGACCCUCCUAAUUUGGCCGAAGAGUUUGAGUCUGGCGACCUGGUCUGCGCCGAUUGCGGACUCGUGGUGGGCGAGAACAUCAUCGACACUCGCUCCGAAUGGCGUACGUUUGCCAACGAGGACGGCGACGACCCCUCGCGUGUAGGCGCAGCGAGCAAUCCGCUGCUGGAUGGUAUCAACGAGCAGCUCGAGUCGCGCAUCGGAUUCAGAGAUGGCGGCACGGGUGCCUCGAGGGAUCUGCAGAGGACCAUGAACCGCGCCACCGGUACGAGGGACCGGCACAUGCUGGAUGCGUUUGAAGACAUUCAGCGCAAGUGCGACUCGAUCCAUCUGCCCAGGACGGUUUCGGACGUCGCCAAGCAGGCGUAUCGACGAGUGGAAGAAGAAAAAAUCCUUCGCGGAAAGAAGCCGGACGCCAUCAUCGCAGCUGCCAUCUAUGUGGCCUGCAAGAUGAAUCACGUGCCCCGAACCUUUCCCGAAAUCUGCUCGCUCACGAGCGUCUCCAAGAAGCAUAUUGGCCAGUGCUUCAAAGAGAUGCAGCAGGCGUUCGGUCUCAAUGCCACGGGCACGGGUUCAGUGGACGGAUCGAGGGCGAGUCCAAACAACAGCGGCACAUCGACGCCGAUCGGUAUUGGACCGACGGGCGCGGCCGACCUCGUCGGGCGCUACUGCAACCACCUGGGCCUCGAGAUGCGCAUCACACGUUCCACCGAGGACAUUACUGCGCGGGUCCGCGAGCUGGGUAUCUUGGCCGGUCGCAGUCCCAUCACAAUUGCUGCGGCCUGCAUUUACUUUUCGACGCUGCUGUGGGGCGUUGACAAAGGAGCUAAGCGCAUCAGUCAGGCGGCGGGUGUGAGCGACGUUACGAUCAAGAACUCCUUCAAGGAGCUGCUCAAGCACAAGGAGAAGAUCGCCACGCCCGAGAUCCUCUCAAAGAGCCCUCAGAUGGAUCUCUCGCGCCUCGAUGCGUGA